AUGUCUGUUGCUGUUAAUUUUGCAGAUGACAUACCUGUGCUAACUUAUACUCGACCUCUGGAGGUACGAGACGAAUCAAGUUCGGGUUCGAGAUCAGGAUUGGGGUUUGAAUCGGAGGCAGAGCCCCAGUUUCCUUCAUCUCCGCUAUCAAAGGUAGACGAUCUGAAAGAUUCAGGAUUCACUUACAUCAAUUGGUCGAAAUCGUCGACUCUACAUGUUCAGUCAAUCACUAACAAGUGGUCCGUCCUUAUCAUACUGUCGCUCUUGGUAGGCUACAUAACUACCUUGAUAGAUUUGGCUGCAGUUUGGCUCAAUGACUUGAAGAAGGGAUUCUGUUUCAGUAAAAUAGACAAAUGGUCGUUGCUUUCACCCUAUUCCACCUGCCCUACGGAUGACUGGCACAACUGGUCACAAAUCAUAUUUGGCUUGACGGGCAUACCGUCUAACAUAUUCAUCAACUUACCUAUUUAUUCGAUAUUCGCAUUCAUUUUCAUUGCUGGAGCUUGCUACGUAUCGAACAAGGCGCCUGAAAUUAACUAUUCAGGAAUAGCCGAGAUUAAGCUCAUCAUUGCUGGCCUCAACCACCAGGUACUGCAAUACUUGGGGUUCCGUACUUUGGUCUACAAAACUAUCGGGCUCGUUCUAGUUGUGAGUUCAGGACUCUGGUUAGGUAAAGAGGGCCCUCUUGUCCACGUUUCUUGCUGUAUUUUGAACUUGGUAUUCAACCUUGUGUAUAGGCAGCAAGAAAAUGAUGAGUUUUUAAGAAGGGAGCUAUUGAGUGCUGCUGGAGCUACCGGAAUAUCAGUUGCGUUCAAUGCGCCGAUUGGCGGAGUGUUAUUUAUGUUAGAGUCAGUGCAGUCGUACUUCAUGCCCACUAAACUUAUGUGGAAUUCGUUUAUUAGUGCAACGAUUGCAGUUGUGGUGUUGACUAGUUUCAAGAUUUUUACUGAUGGAGAGAACUUCUUGGAGAGAGAUUUAUUUCUGGUUGAAUUUGGGAACUUCAGUUGGUUAUUCAUAGAAUUUAUCCCCUUCACAUUCCUUGGCGUAUUGGGUGGAUUUUACGGGUACUGGUUUACUAAACUACAUGCAAUAUACUCCAGUUACGACAUUAGGAGGAGAGUUAGAAAUGUUUUGAGUAAACUUUUGAAAUUGGAUGUGGAGAAAUAUGGAAAAUCCUUAGAGGUAUUUCUCGUUUUGACUGUCACUAUUGCUUUCAAUUUCCCCUUUGAAAUAACCAGAUUACCUCUCCAGGCAUACAUGAAGUUGUUGUUUACUGAUUGCCCUGAGGACGAUGACCUGGAUGGAAAUCCAGCAAUUGGAGCAGAAACCUUCAUUUGCUCUUCAUCAAAUCUCUCCGUCUCAUUCAAGCUUAUAUAUAUAUUCAUUCAAGGAUUUGUUCUUUCUUCUUACACUUAUGGAUUGAGUCUUCCUGGGGGAGUUCUUAUGCCUUCGUUGGCCUUGGGUGCAACAAUUGGUCGUUUAAUUGGAAUUAUUUCUCAAUCCAUACAAAAUGGUAUUGGUUGGGGAAUCACUGAAGAAUGUACCAAGAGUUCUUGUUUAGUUUCACCUUCAGCUUAUGCCGUCGUAGGUGCUGCCUCAUUUAUGUCUGGUAUAACUAAGCUUACAAUGUGUGUGGUUGUAAUAAUAUUCGAACUCACUGGUGCAGUCACGUACGUUCUACCAAUUAUGAUUGCUGUGAUGGUUCUGAAAUUUGUGAACGACUGGCUCUGUAAUGAUAACAUAUAUGAUCAUUGGUUAAAGAAUAACUUUAAUGUUUUCACCAGCCCUUCGUCCAGUUCUAUUACAAAUUCUGGAAAAGGUUCGGGUUUAAGUGAUUUUGUGAAUUCAACUUCAAUUGUAAAGAGUAAACUUCCAGAUAUAAUUACUCUGAGAAUUAUGAUCCCGAUUUCGAGAGUUAGAUGUAUCGAGUUAGUGAAGAGCUAUUCGAUAGAAGAUUUGCAAAACCAAUUUCUUAACGGAGACAAUCACGAGGGAUAUCCAGUCAUUGGAAGUUAUCGUAAUCCAGUUAGCCUUGGAUAUGUAAAGAAAGAAGAAAUUCGCCGUCAAAUUAGCCAACUACAAUACGAUAAUGAGACAGAAAUAAGCUUCCAAAUAGGAUCAGAGAGGCUACCAAACUCAGUGAUUUCAGAGCAACUUCGUGAUCUACAACAAAAAAGCCCAACAUCCACCUCUGCAGAUCCAUAUAAGAAGGUGAGUAUUCAAAUUGAAAAGUCUUUGAUAACGUUACACGAGAAAACCCCUAUUGUGACGUUGAUUGAAAUAUUCGAAAAGCUUCAUUUCAACUAUGGAAUAAUAUUGAAACUGGCUGACAAUGACAACUUUGAAGGUGGAAACAGCAACGGAGAUCAAAUCAUGAGUGGGUUCGUAGAUCGAUUCUUAAUUUCGAAGCUUGUUAACCUGCAGUUCGAAGAGCUACACGAUGACUUAGCUAUUGCAUCAGAAUAUGAUCUAGACAUCCUUUCUCUAGAUAGGCAGAGUACAGAAUUGAUUACUUAG